CUUCUUUCUCCCUCUCCCUUGGACUCUGUACACAUCUUCAAUUGAUUAUUCUUCCACCACUUCCAUCCUUUCUUUCCUCCCCGCAUAUCCUCCACAUGUCAUCCACCGACGACGCGUGCAUCAUUACCUCCGAGAUGGCCGCCGACGAGGACCUGAAAGCGGGGCACUUCCAGACGCUGACGAUCGAAUCCCCCCACCGCAUCAUCAUCACCGACACGCUGUACGGCACGCACGAGAUCACCGAGCCCGUCCUCCUCGACCUGCUGCAGAGCCCGGACCUGCAACGUCUGAUCGGCAUCUGCCAGCACGGCGUCACCGGCCACCUGGGCUUACUCCCGGGCGCCGUCAAGAUCACGCGCUUCGAGCACUCCGUCGGCGCCUGCCUGCUCGUGCGGACCCAGGGCGCCACGCUGGAAGAGCAGGUGGCCGCGCUCCUCCACGACAUCAGCCACACGGUGCUCAGCCACGUCGUCGACUGGGCGCUGUCCAACCCGCAGGAGGAGAGCUUCCACGAAGUCCACAAGGCGCGCUACCUGCAGACGACGGGCAUCCCGGCCAUCCUGGCGCGGCACGGCAUGCCGCCGACCGUGCUGCACGAGGAGCAGUACCCGCUGGUCGAGCUGCCGGCGCCGCAUCUCUGCGCGGACCGCCUGGACUACGCGCUCCGCGACGGCCUCGCCUUCGGGAAGCUGACCCAGGACCGCGUGCGCGAGCUGCUGCGCUGUCUGCGCGCCUUCCCCUACCCGACCGCGCGCAACCGCAUCCUGGUGCUGGAGCACCGCCGCGUCGCGCUCGGCUUCGCCCGCGCUUAUCUCCAGAUCGACCAGGAGGUGUGGUCCAACCCCGCCCACGCCGACAUGUACAAGCGCACCGGCCGGUUGAUCGGGGAGCUGGUGCGCCAGGGCAAGAUGCCCGAGGAGGUGCUCUGGACGCUCUCGGAUGAGGAGUUCUGGGCCCUGUUGCUGCGGCUGGCGGACGCGGAGGGGGCGGCGAUGUUGAAGCACUUCGAGCGGGAGGGGCUGGCGGAGGAGCACGGUCUGCCUCUGCCCAAGAAUGCGAAGAUCAGGACGGUCGAUCCCGACGUCUGGGAGAAUGAGUACAUCCCCGCGCCUCUGUCGCAGUUGAGUCCCGAGUGGGCGGCGGAGCGUCAGGCCUACAUUGCUCGUCGCGAGGCGACACGCGCGUUGGACUAGUUGGCAGGGUUGAAAUUUGGAAAGACUAGACUGGAUGCUUCAGGAUGAACUACGCGAUUAUGUGGCGAUCUACAGACGAAAUGGCUUAUCUUUCCUUGUAUCUAUCUUGCACCAUGCUUGGGCAUACACAUUGGCGCUACAUCAGAGCGGGUUGGCAGAGACGGGGCUUUUCGUGGAAUGAGAG